AUGAAUGCUUUUUACAGCAAAUUAGAAGUUUAUCAAAAUCAUUUUAAAACUCACAAUAAAAGUCGAGAACUUUCGGUUCACACUUCAAAAGUUCAUUCUGUGGGAUGGAGUUGCGACGGCAAAAAAUUGGCAUCAGGUUCAUUUGACAAGUGUGUUUCUGUUUGCACAUUAGAUCGGGAAAAACUAAAUAAAGAUUUCACAUUUCGAGGACACGGAGCCAGUGUUGAUCAAUUAUGCUGGCACGCUACACAUCCAGACCUCUUAAGUACUGCAAGUGGAGAUAAAACCGUUAGAAUUUGGGACGCAAGAAGUCAAAAAUGUGUAACCAUAGUAGAAACUAAAGGCGAAAACAUAAACAUAACAUGGGCUCCUGAUGGUGGUACAAUUGCUGUAGGCAAUAAAGAAGAUUUAGUUACUUUUAUAGAUGCCAGAACACAUAAAAUAUUAGCUGAAGAACAAUUUCAUUUUGAAGUAAAUGAAAUAUCUUGGAAUAAGGACAGUGAUUUAUUUUUUUUAACAAACGGUCAGGGUUGUGUUCAUAUUUUAAGUUAUCCUGAUUUAGAACUACAGCACAUACUUAAAGCUCAUCCAGGUACUUGCAUUUGCAUUGAGUUUGAUCCGAAUAAGAAAUAUUUUGCGACUGGAUCAGCUGAUGCUUUAGUUUCUUUAUGGGAUGUAGAAAAUUUAGCUUGCUUAAGAACAUUUUCUAGAUUGGAUUGGCCAGUAAGAACUAUAUCAUUUUCAUAUGAUGGAAAAUUAUUGGCUAGUGCUUCCGAAGACUUACUCAUAGACAUAGGAGAAGUAGAAACAGGUGAAAAAGUUAUUGAUAUACCUGUGGAAGCGGCAACAUUUACAGUUGCUUGGCAUCCCAAACAAUAUUUAUUAGCAUAUGCAUGUGAUGACAAAGAUGCAUAUGACAGAAAAAGAGAUGCAGGCACAUUAAAAGUAUUCGGUUUUUCUACAGAAUAA